AGCAUUUGGCGCGAAACUUUGACAUUUAAAAUAUAUUUGAGGUUAGACUUGCUAUUGAUAUUAUUGCCCGAAACCUCAACGAAUUUUUAAAAUGUUUGCCGAAAAAGCAUGCAAUUUAAUAAAAGAAGUCUCCCGUUGUGAAGAUGUGUUGCCUCCUUACAAUCUAGAUUUAGUGAAAGAAGUCUGUACAGAAGUAAAGCAGUUACACGAACAAAACAAGAAAGAUGGAUCAGUAGUAGUAAAUGAAAGCGGCAUAGCAAACUAUAACAAUGCCUUAUAUCCAACUUUGAGGGUAGGUGCUGCAGCAGUAAAAAGAAACAUAAGAUGUCUCAUAGCCUACCAUUAUAACCGCAUAAGGAUGUUACGAGAAAUGAGAUGGGAAUUUGGCAGUGUAUUACCUGCAGAUAUCAAAACUAAUUUGAGCAGGAGUGAAGUUGAAUGGUUUUCCCAGUACUCAAGAAGUUUGGCCAAGUAUAUGAGAUCUAUAGGAGAAGACGGUUUAAAUCUCGGGUUGGAUAUGAGGCCUCCGAAGGCACUUUAUAUUGAAGUUAGGUGUCUGGUGGACUAUGGGAAAUAUGAGCUGUCAGAUGGGACAGUUUUAUUGCUGAAAAAGGAUAGCAGACAUUAUCUGCCAAGGAGCGAAUGUGAGGAACUAAUUAAGCAAGGGGUGUUCCAACAUAUUAUAUGAUAUUUUAUGCUUAGGUUAAUAGUUUUUAGAAAUAUGUGAUGUGGUUUAUAUUAUGAGGAAAGUUGUCUAACAAAAACCUUCAAAUUUAGUAUUUGGGAUUCAAAAGAUUGUAUCAAAUCAUUUUCCAAUCCUCCUGUGUGUUUCAGUUUUUUUUUUUGGAAAUAAAUUCAUUACCUCUGACUUGUAUUAGAAAUGGAAAAAAACACAAUCUUGUAUAGCUUUAAUAAGAUUUUAAUAAAAUAUUUAGAAAUAAUAACAGUGAAAUCGCCAAAAAAGUCCUUGAAAAACUAAGCUAAUAAAUUAAAUAAAAUAGAUUAAAAUUAAUGAAAACACAAUGUCUACUUAAAGUUAAUACACAAUUAUUAUUAUCA